AUGGAUCUUUUAGCUGCAGCUACAGGGGCCCUUCUCCAUUCCCAGCCAUCCGCGCCAAGUGGCCGAACACGGCCGCUCCAGAACAAAUCUGGCAGUUCGGCCUGUCCUGGCUACUGGACGGUACGGCGCUGCUUGAAGCCCCGGAGGCUAGAGCAGCGCACACACAAACUGCUUUCGCGCUUGUGCUGCCCCCCGUCGUCAUUCACUCACUCACCCCUCUGUGCCCAGUUAUCUUGUGCGCCGUCGAUCCAGCCUCUCUCCUCUCCCUUUUCCCUCCCCUCAAAGAGAGAGACACCCCAAGGACCAUGCGCGAUAGCCUCACCCAACGCCCUGACUUGCCAUCCAGACGCUUCGCGCUCAACCAUGGCAGAGUCCGACCUGCUCCAGUGGACCACCGUCCUCAUUCUGACCGCUCUUUUACUUGCCGCCAUCGUCCUCGCCCAGAUCGUCUCCGUUUAUACAGCCUACCAAGUGGCGCCGCAGGAGAUCGCAACUUUCGUUGACACGGCCGACUUUUCCUCCCAGGAGAAUGAGUCGUAUGACCGCGACGUCUCCAAGGUGCAGCGUCUAGAUGAGAAGCUACGCUUGACCCAACUCCUAAGGGAGAUACAGAGGACGUGCGACGAUUUGCGCGAGGACCUCAAUGGCAUGUUGCUCGAGGAGGACGCCACCCAGAUGAGGACCGUCGCCAGGUUGCUCUGGGCGUCGAAGCGAUCGAGGCUGGAGGGUCGUGUCCGGAGGCUUGAUAUGUUGCGCAUGCGCUUUCUUGUCGUGUACAUGGGUGUCGUCGCAUUCAACACCAACACUACCAGCCAUACUGAGAAACCACAACCCCCAUCUGUGCCCAGGGACCUCGAGAAGUCGCCCGUCUUCAAGACACCACCUCGUCCAGCUCUUCCCAAAGGCCUGAUGGAGGGAAUCAUCAACCGUCCCCCCCUCCGCAGUCUGACCACGCAGGCACUCGUCGGCCACCAGGAGCACACUUCCAAACCCCAUCGCAAAGGAUGGGCUGGCGUUGUCGAGGAGCUUCAGACGUCUCCCAGGAUGCAGCAGCGCCACGCUUCUAUCGAGCGCGCAAUGUCAAGGUCCUACUCAAAGUCGCCAUGA